GGCUGCUCGGAUGAAGCGCUGCCCAGCGAGCCUGUCCCUGCAGUGGCACCACUGCCGUCCCCUCCGCUUCCUCCGAGCCUCUGGAGUUGGCCAGGGAUGGCGCUGCACCGGAGCCAGAAGCUGAACCUGCUGCGCCUCGCGGUGCUGCUGACGGUGGCGCUGGCCGGCAUCAAGUUCUUCUUCCGGGACAGUUUCAUGCUGGACCAGCACCAGGAGUCUGGCCGGGAGAGCAGCUUCUGGGGCAAGGCCGGGGACCCCGAGCGGCCGGCCAAGGUCAGGGACUCAUCCUUGGCGCUCCCAAACAGCCAGGUGGCCGCUGCCGCCCCCGCGCAGGUCAUGAGGCAGCAGCGGCUGAAGGACUUCAGCGCAGUGCAGAUGAGGCUGGUGCACCUGGACCUCAAGGGAGCGGCUCCCAAAGUCUCCUACCUGGAGCAGGUCUUCCCACUCUUCUCCAAGCUGGGUGCGAACGGGAUUCUGAUUGAGUACGAAGACAUGUUCCCAUUCAAGGGAGAGCUCGAGGUGCUGAAGUCUCCAUAUGCGUAUAGUGAAGAAGAUAUCAGCAAGAUCCUGAAGCUGGCUGAGCUGAAUAAGCUGGAGGUGGUCCCGCUGGUGCAGACCUUUGGGCACGUGGAGUUCAUCCUGAAGCACGACAAGUACCGGCACCUGAGGGAGGUGGAGCGCUUCCCCAACAGCUUCAACCCCCACGUCCCAGAGACCCUGGCCCUCCUGAAGGCAGUGCUCGCCCAGGUCCUGAGCAGGCACCCGCGCUCCAGCUGGGUGCACAUCGGGGCUGAUGAGGUCUUCCACCUGGGGGAGGGGACGGACUCGAAGAACUGGAUGAGCCACAACGCGGGGGACGUCGGCCAGAUGUACCUGAAGCACGUCCGGGAGGUGGUGGACUUCGUUGCCAGCCAGGCCCCGGGGCUGCAGGUGCUGCUGUGGGACGACAUGCUGCGAAAGGUCAGCGUGGCGGCCAUCCACGACUCCGGCAUCCCCAAACACGCUUCUCCCAUGCUGUGGUUUUAUGCUCCGGACUUUAAUACAGAACAAAUAGGGAAGCACAUUGCCAAGUACGCCGAGUGUGGCUUCAGGACCGUCUGGUUUGCAAGCGCCUUCAAGGGCACCACCGGCCCGGCCCAGGCCUGGACGCCCCUGCGCCACCACCUGCAGAACCACUUGCGCUGGCUGAAGGUGCUCCAGUCCAUGCCCAGGACGCCCGCCACCCGGUUCCAGGGCAUCGCGCUCACAGGGUGGCAAAGGUACGACCACUAUUCGGCUCUGUGUGAGCUGCUGCCCGUCGGGAUCCCAUCCCUGGCUGUGUGUCUGCAGACCAUGGUGAAUGGUGGGUUCACAGAAGACACGAAGAAGAAGGUCCUCGCCAUACUUGGGUUCCAGGACAUGCACCUUGAGAAGAGCACAUGCGACGGAAGCGGCACCUUCCCGGGCUCGGAGAUCUACCGAAUGGUUGAGCAGGUCAGCGGCCAGCUGAGGGACUCCGUGGCCAAAGUCCUGGAAGAGGAGAGCUCCAUCAAGGGCUGGUUCGGGCCGUACCACCGGAAGCACCAGUUCGGCAACCCCCGCAACAUGGAGAGCUUCGGCAGCAAAGUCCUCCAGGUGCACGAAGACUGGGAGAGCACUGUGCAGACCCUCCGCUCGCUCAUGGAGGGCAUCUACUUCCCUGACACGGUGGAGGAGUGGAUGGAGGAGAACGUCAACCCCCACAUGGACCGGUUGCGCGAGUUUGUCCGGGACUUCAAGGAAACCAUCCGCCUCAACGCCCGGCCCAAGACUCUCUGAGCACAGGUGCCUCUCGGAGCCCUCCCGCCGUCCUGCAGGUGAGGGAGAGGCGGCGUGCUGCUGUGGGGCUCCCAGUGCCCGCCCCGCAGCAAGGCACGCAGA